AUGGAUCCCUCAACACCACAGACGGUCGCGCAGGCCGUGCAAGCAGCCACGCAGGCCGCCGCGCAUCAGCCCUCACCUCCCGUGCAGGCACCGUCGCACUCCACCUCGACCAUCGACAACCUCACAUGCCAAUGGCAAGGUUGCGGAGAGCGAUGCGACAACGCCGAAGCCCUCUAUGACCACGUCUGCGAGCGUCACGUCGGUCGCAAGAGCACCAACAACCUCAACCUCACCUGCCAGUGGGGAGCCUGCCGAACCACCACCGUCAAACGCGACCACAUCACCUCCCACAUCCGCGUACAUGUCCCGCUCAAACCACACAAGUGCGACUUUUGCGGCAAGGCCUUCAAGAGACCGCAGGAUCUGAAGAAGCAUGUCAAGACACACGCCGAUGACAGCGUGUUGAUGAACUCGCCGCAUCAGGGACAAAAUGGAAGAGGUGCCAGCGCAGGCAUCGGACAACAGAAUGGCAAGCCAUCCUACUACACCAACGGCCACGACAACUCCAUGAGCAACCCAUACCCGAGCUACCAGCCGAGCAUGGCCAAUGGCGCCGGGGCUGGAGGCUACGCCCAAACCGCUGGCAACGGUCAAUACGCUGGAUACGGCUCCGUCAGCUACCCCAACAGCUCUGCCAUGGCCGACAUACAGUCCAUGGACACCCGCCGUCGUGCUAUCGAGGCGCUCAACGACUUCCUCGGCGACAUCAAGCGUCGUGCGAUUGAUCCUAGCAGCUACUACGACGUCGGUCACAGACUCCAAGGCAAUGCGCUGCCUCUUCCCGUCCAAUCUGGCACCGGCUACAACACUGGAUACAACAACAGCGGAUACACCGGCGGCAACUUCAACGCUGCGAGCCUCCUUGAGUCAUUUAACCACGGCGGCAUGAACGGAGGCGGUGGACAAGGUGGUGUUGCCACUGGAGGCUACUCUCUCCCACUUCCCAACGCCCGUACCAAGGGCGACCUCCAAGACAUCGACCGCUUCCUCGAGCAGCUGCAAGCAACGGUCUACGAGACCAGCAAGGGCUACGAGAGUGGCAGCCACGCUGCUGCAGCUGGCAUUCAACAACCUGGUCUCCACGCACAAUUCACUGGCGAGUUCGGUCUCGGCCACGGUGGAUAUCGGUCCAGCAACAGCCCUCCCAGCUUCCAAAACCACCUCAGCAGUGGUGGACUCGGCAGUCUCGGCGGCAUGAGCUCCAGCUCCAUGCAAGGUGUUCCCGCUUCCGCCUCCGCUCUGGAUACCCCAGCCUUGACUCCCGCAUCCGUCUCCUCGUACAGCUCUAGCCACUCCCCAAUGAGCAGCCACAGCAGAGCGUCAUUCGGCAGUUCCGGUGGCCACAUGUACCCAAGCCUACCCGCCGUCACCGGCAUGUCCGACAUUGGCUCCAACUACCCCACCACAACGUCUGCACCAGCAUCUGGUCUCUCUUCCGGAUUCGAAGGCCUCGACGGUCGACGAUACAGCGGUGGCCGCCUGCAACGUCAAGCUCCCGCCAGCGAGUCGCAAGACACCGAGAUGGCGGAUGCGGAAGAUGCUGGCAACCGCACUCCAAAGCAGUCCGACGUGAAGCGUCCAGAGAGCAAGGGUGACAGUAGCAUUGACCCAGCUCUCCGUAACGAACACGCCGACUCAUCCGCAUCGACCCCAGCUGCUACGUCCGAAGUCGACGACAAGCGUCAGGAGGAGUGGGUCGAGAACAUCCGUCUCAUCGAGGCAUUGCGGAAGUGGGUCGGAGAGCGACUCAAGGUCGGCGACUACGACAACGGCGAGGCAUCAACCGAAGACCAAGCGGUCGACAUGGACAUGAAGACCGCCGAGACCGCAAAGAUGGUCGCGGAGAAGCUGCGGGGCGCCAUCAACGAAGCCAACCAGCAGGAGGCUGCAGCUGCCGCUGCCGCCGCCGCCGCCGCCGCCGGUACACAGGAGGAUGUCAAGUACCCAAGCUUGCCGACGGCAUAG